UUUGAUGACCCUUUAUCCAUUCAUGCAACCCAAAAAGUAAACCUACUUGCUGGACAGAGACUCUGCUUGCUGGAGAAAGAAAACAUUGUAUGGACAAUUCCUUUUGAGGAUAUGUCACUAAUAAUCAAAAGCAUAGAACAACUGGGUGGCGACUACAGCCUGUACACAUGGCCCUGUGCUCUCCUGUUAGCCCAACACAUCUACGACCAGAAGGAAUUCAUCGGAGGGAAAAAAGUCUUAGAACUAGGUGCAGGGACGGCUAUACCUGGACUCACAGCCGCCAAGUGCGGAGGUCAUGUGACCUUCACAGACCGCGAGGGGAAUACAUGUUUCCAAAACGCCAUCAAGAGAUCAUGUGAUCUCAAUGGAAUAGAGGGGAUGGAGAUUACCGAGGUCACAUGGGGGUUGUUUUCUCCGACAUUGCUGACCCUCCCCCCACAAGAUGUGAUAAUUGCUUCUGACUGCUUCUACGACUCAAAAGAUUUUGAAGAUGUUUUGGCAACUGUUUCCUUUCUGAUGGACAAAAACCCAUCCUGUAAAUUUUGGACUACCUAUCAAGAAAGAAGUAGAACCUCGAUUAUCCAGACACCUUGGUUCCAGAGGCAGGCCGGAUAACUGAAUAAUACCGGAUAAUCGAAUAGAUAAACCACGCCUUGUGAUCCACCCACUUUAUUGAUAAACAGCAGUGCCACAUGGUUGUCUAUGCAUGCGCAGAAGAUAAGCAGACUUGUCUCCAUAGUAACAGCUGCAAUGUGCAUGCGCAUUUCAGGGACACACCCAUUUUCUGAAUUAGAAACUUCCAAGCCGGAUAAUCGAGGGUUCCGGAUAAUGGAGGGCUGGAUAAUCGAGGUUCUACUGUAGCUUUUAGGAAUACAUACAUGUAUCUAUGAUAAUUAUGUUUAUAUCGAAUGUUAUAGGACUACGUAGCCGAAUUUUGACAACAGUAAAUAGCAUGCAUAAACUGCAACAUUCACAAAUUUUUUAGGAGCCCAUGUCUAUUGUGGUCACCCCUAUUUAUCUCUUUCCUUGGCAAUCUGUUGUAGAAAUUACAACAAUGGGUAAGGAAUCGUUAUGAUGAAUUAGAUGAAGUUGUAUGUGAGCUCCUCCCUGACAAACAAACUGUAGUCUAGGUAACCGCCUUAUCAGUCAAGUAGGCUAAAAAUCUGUGUCCUUUGAUGUAAGCUUUGAUGUCUCUUUGUGCAUAUGUAGUUAUAAAAAAAAAAAAAAAAAAAAAAGAAA